AUGCAAUACACCAACUCAGAGUCAGACACGUUGACUUUCCCACAAGCUUACAUACAGAUGUUGCCAUCAUUUCAGGAUGAUGUAGGAGUAUCUGUUGAUCAAAGUUCAGAUCAUGGGUCUACAAUACAGUCUGUGGACAACCUGACUGAAACAGAAGGACUAGUCACAAUUGAUGAACUGAAACACAACCAAUGCCUAAAAGUACUCCGUAGUCUACUAGUUGGCUGUAAGGGUAAUGGCAAGAGCCACACAGGCAACACCAUCCUGGGACAGGAGGCCUUCAGAGUCACCAGGAAAGAAGGAACAGAAAGGUCCAGCCUGUGCAGCAGCAGCCAUGAGGUUGAUGGAGUCAGUAGGAAGGUGACAGUAGUGGACACCCCUGGAGUCUCCCAGGAGAUGACAGAGUCUGAGUUUGAGGAGCUGGUUCGAGCUGUGAAGAUGGUUCCUGAGGGUUUUGAUGCCAUCUGUCUGGUCUGGGACUACAACAACUCUGAGAGGAAUGAAGAAAAGGAGGUCCAAGUGUUCCAGUCCCUCCACAGGCUGUUUGGUGAUGGACUGUACGAGCAUCUUGUCAUCCUGGUCACACAUGCUCAGCAGGAAGACAUCCCAGAGUUCAUUGAAAAAUUACCAGACAAAAUGAAGAAAAUUGCUAACAAGGUAAAUGGGCACUACAGGAUAACUCUCAUGGAAAAGAUUAAAGAGGCUGGAGCAAGACAGACCACAGUAGUUGAUCAUAACCAGGGACAAGCUCAAUCAUCAUCAUCAGGAUUCUAUCAUGACCAAAUAGAUUUUGAUCAAAGCAAAGUACUGCAAGAAACCUCUCAUUAUAAGUUUCAUGAGAAGAUUAUUGCCAUGGACAACAAGCUCAAUGGCAAAGAACCAGGUGAGCAGGUACAGCUUUUUCUGAGCCUCACUCAAGAAUUGUCCAAUGGAAGUGGAAGAUACACAGCCUCAAAUCUUUCUCCUCGUUGCCAAAUACCAUCAGGAGAAGACCUUUGUCUUGUGCUUCUGGGAAGGUCUGGAGUUGGUAAAAGCCAUACAGGCAACAGUAUUAUUGGUCAGGAUGUGUUCUCAGUUUCAGACAGAGCUAUCAUGUCAGAAACAAAGCAUUGUGACAGCAGUAGCAGGCAUGAGAAAGGUUGUCACAUAAUGGUGGUAGACACACCACCUUUGACACAGGAUGCCAAGGAAGGAGAAAACAGACUUGCAACAGAAAUCAAGGAACAAAUCAAACCAAGUGUCCUCUAUAUACUGAUUAUGAUCAUAAAUAUAGGUAGGUUUUCCAUGGAAGAUGUAAAAAUGGCUGGUAGAUAUUACAACAUGUUUAAGGAAAUACUUUGGAACAACUCAGUUGUUUUGUUCACUGGGAAGGACAAACUGACAUGCAAUGAGGAUGACUACCUGACAUAUGCACCUAAAGAGCUCACAGACAUGUUACAAAAGUUUGGAAAGCGAUAUGUUUUCUUUGACAACAUGACCAGAGAUGAGACACUAAGAAGAAUGCAACGGGUUGAACUUAUAAAUCUGGUACAAAACAUAGCAAUGCAUGCAGAUGACAUUUAUUCACACAGUGAUAGUGGUCCAUCAGAAAACUUACCCUUACUACCGGUAGAUGAAGAUCUGGGGACCUCCGGCCGCCGCGUGGCCGCAUGA